AUGACAAAUACCACCAAAGAACAGAAGCAACCUGAAAAGACCGAGCCUGAGGCUAUGGAGAUCGUUGAGGAUGAAGACGCCAAGCAACAACGCCUCGCCAAAGAGACAGUUACAGAAAUCAAGCGCAAUUUCGUCUUGUUGGAGCGUGCUGUCGACACAAUUGAGUCAAGAUUCACUACCCGUGUGUUGAGAACAUUGCCUUCUAUUAGACGCCGCUUGACUUCAGAUAUCCUCGCUCAAGUCAUUUCAGAUUACUAUGGUUCCAAUGACGCUCAAAAGGCUGAACUCCUGUCCUAUCUGGGAGAGAACGAAAAGUCAUCAUCCACCGAAGAGGACGCAGAAAAGAAGCAUGCAGUUUUGCCUGAAGUUGACAUUUACCUUCACCUGAAUGUAUUAAUUUAUCUUUUGGACAAGAACGAGAUUGAAAAGGGUCUCCAACUAUCAAACAAAACUGUAGAAAAGAUGACCAUCAUGAACCGCAGAACAUUGGAUCAAAUUGCUGCCCGUGUAUACUUUUACCAUGGUCGAUUCCAUGAACUGUCAAAUAAGCUCGCUGAAAUUAGACCUAUUCAAUUGGCAGCACAUAGAACAGCUACUCUAAGACACGACGAUGAAUCUCAAGCAACACUGUUAAAUUUAUUGUUGCGCAACUACUUUUUCCACAACUUGUAUGAUCAAGCCGACAAACUUGUAUCCAAGAGCACAUUCCCCGAAAAGGCUGGCAACAAUCAAGCCGCUCGUUACGCCUAUUAUCUCGGACGCAUCAAGGCACUUCAACUUGACUACACUGCCGCUCACACCUACUUGACACAAGCCAUCCGCAAAGCACCUCAGAACAAUGUCACGGCUGGUUUCCAACAAACCGCCUAUAAAUUCUUCAUUGUCGUUCAGUUGUUGAUGGGGGAAAUUCCUGAAAGAUCGCUCUUUAGGCAGCCCAUCUUGAAGAAGGCUCUCGCACCCUACCUCGUCAUUACUCAAGCAGUGCGUGUUGGUGAUCUCAACAAGUUCCAAGAGGGAUUAGCUCAAUUUGACGCAGUGUUCAAAAAGGACAAGACUUACACCUUGAUUCUUCGUCUCCGUCACAAUGUCAUCAAGACAGGUAUCCGUAUGAUCAGUCUCUCUUACUCCAAGAUUUCUUUGAGAGAUAUCUGUAUCAAGCUUCACUUGGACAGCGAGGAGGAUGCAGAGUUUAUUGUUGCAAAAGCUAUUCGUGAUGGUGUUAUUGAUGCAACUUUGGACCAUUCAGGGGGAUUUAUGAAGAGCAAAGAAAUUGCUGACAUUUACAGCACCAAUGAACCUCAAAACGCCUACCACCAACGUAUCAAUUUUUGUUUGAACCUUCAUAACGAGGCUAUCAAGGCCAUGCGUUUCCCCAUGGAUGCUCAUAGAAAGGAAUUAGCAAGUGCUGAAGAGGCAAGGGAAAGAGAGAGAGAACUUGCCCAAGAGAUUGCAGAGGGUGAUUUGGAUGAGGAUGAUGAAAUGGGAGAUUUUUAA